AAAUGGCUGUAAAUGAAAGCACCAUGGCAAGUAAUAUAACUGGUGUCCUAUCCAACUUGGAAUAUCUAGAGUUUCGAGUGGUUAAGGUAUUACUGUACGUUUUAAUCUUCAUUUUAAGUUGUAUCGGCAACAGUUUGGUCGUAACCGUCAUCUUGAGGGCCAAAGGAAAAAGGACACCAGCCAAUCUGUUGAUUCUGAACUUGGCCGUGUGUGACCUCGUCAUUCCAGCUCUGAGCAUUCCCUUUGAUUUAGCCCUGGAAGAAUUGAACUACGUUUGGCCAUUUGGAAGAGCUAUUUGCAAAGUUUUGUGGCCAUUCCAGACGGCGUUUUCAACUUCCUCUUCGUUGACUCUGGCAGUCAUCAGCUUAGAUAGGCUUAGAACUCUUGCGAACCCGUUUGCUAAACGUGUCUCGAUGGAAACGAUGGUGAUGAUUGUGUGCACUAUACACGCUUUCUCAAUUGGCUUGUGUAUUCCCUAUUUCAUUUCUUUGGAACUCAACGACAAAGAAGACUCCUGCGAUGAGGCCUGGCCAAGUUUUGGCCAUAGACAAGCAUAUACAGUUGUAUUGUUUCUGUUCCAGUACGCCUUACCUUUAAUGACAAUGACUGUGGCGUACUCUCUCAUACAUCGCAGCUUGCGAGCAAGCACGAAAAGAUUAUUCUCUACAGAUAAGCAAAGCAAAAGAUCCUUCAAAAGACCAUCAUCGACCAUCAGUGAUAAAAAUAUUGAAUUUAAAAGGAAAGAGCAGAACAUUCGUUUGGCAAAGAUGUUUGUUCUUGUCGUCGUUGUGUUCGCCAUCAGCAUGUUCCCGAAUCAAGUUCUUUGGAUUUGGGUGGACUUCGGAAAUGGCGCCAACAACAGAUUUUUUCAUUAUAUUUCUGUAGCGUGCCGUAUUUUUACUUACGCUAAUAGUGUGUUAAACCCGUUCAUUUAUGCCUUGAAAAACAAAGAAUUCAGGUCCGGGUAUGCAAAGAUUGGCCGCACAACCAUGAAGCCCUUGAGAAAGAUUAGCAACGAAACCAGGAAAUACGUUCGCAAAAUCAGUAGGAACGCCAUUUUAGAUAGCUCAAGCCCAGCUCGUGUGAAAUAUUUUGCAGGCCGGGAUGAUACACUAAGCGAUUUAGCCACAAUCGUAGGGUCCGCGAAUUGUUCUGAAUCAACAAAUAUUUCCCAACCUGCUAGACACCGUAAUAGAAAGAGUCCAUGUUGCGAAAUUCAAGGCGUAAGACUUUCACUAAAUUUAGCCGCAGGGCCCACUCGGCCAAUGCUAUCAAACAACUCUCCUGUUCGAUUUUCUUGGGAUGGCACGGAACCCUUACGAGAAAUUGUUCGCAGAGACUGUUUAAAUCCUAGAAUCCAUGGCAAUUCAGAGACUGCGCGCUCUUUCGAUGACGCAAGAAUGAUUUCGGAGGCAUGGAAACCUUCAGCGUUACACGAUGUACUUCGGGAACUUCCCGAAACGAAUUGUUGACGUGAAUUCCCUUAGGCAUGUCCGACGGUUUAUUUAUGUUCAUGGUGUGAGCGGAGCUCGCA